CGUCGGCCGUUAUUUGCUCCGUGUUCUCUCACCUGCAAAUCGACUGGCGAGUGAGAGAAGAAGCGAGCAACGCUAUUAUCUCUGAUACAACCCAGAGUGUACUCGCUUCUGAAGAAGAGGAGGUGAAAAAAUUGACAACAGAAAGGUUCAUUCCAGUCAGCAUGAGCGCGGCGAUGGAGUUGCCUUGCCCCGUGAAAUCCUUAUCGGAUUCGUCCAGUCUGACAUCUGAGGAACAGGCAACGGAGGACCCACAGCUGCAGGCUAUGCGGACUCAAGUAAAGAUAACUGUUGCCAUCCAGGCAGCAGAGGACGAUGAGCCAGAUGUAGAACUCUCCUCAAACUACUUAGAUUUCCUUGGGGGCAGCUGUAGCGAAGACGAAGCCGCAAGACUUUAUAAAAACAGUGGUGUCGGCACAAGUGGAGGAGAGUUGGACGAAGAAAGCUGGCAGCCCCCUGACCCAGAGCUGAUGGAAAAGCUGGUGACGCAGAUUGAAUAUUACAUGUCUGAUGAGAAUCUGGAACAUGACGCUUUCCUGCUCAAACAUGUCCGCCGUAACAAGAUGGGCUUUGUCAGCGUCAAGCUGCUCACCUCAUUCAAGAAGGUGAAACACCUGACACGAGAUUGGAGAACAACAGCAUAUGCACUGCGGCAGUCAAAACUGCUUGAGCUGAAUGACGAGGGGCGUAAGGUGCGCCGGCUUCAGCCGGUGCCUGUGUUUGCUAGCGAGAAUCUGCCCAGCCGCAUGCUACUCCUUAGCGAACUGCAGCGCUGGCCUGAGCUGGGCGUGGCACUGGAGGGCGGGGCAGGGGAUGGGGGUGAUGGGGGUGGGGGGGCACAGCAGGAGCGCCUCAUGGAGCUGCUGCUGAAGGCUUUUGGAGCAUACGGCCACAUCGCCUCUGUGCGGAUACUGAAGCCUGGGAAGGACUUGCCACCCGACCUGAAGAAGCUGAGCAGCCGCUACAGCCAGCUGGGCUCUGAGGAGUGUGCCAUUGUGGAGUUUGAGGAGGUAGAGGCUGCUAUGAAGGCACAUGAGGCUGUGGUGGGUGAGGAGGAGGGGGAGAGCACACUGGGGGUUAAGGUAGUCCUAAUUGGCACAAAGCCACCUAAAAAGAAGAUGCCCAAGGAGCGAGCACACGAGGAAGGGGGGAUGCGCAAGAGUAGGUCCCUGAACCUUCGAGUGAGAGAGCUGCAGUACCUGGGAGACGAGUCUACCUGUAGCUCAUCAGAGGCAGACAGCAAUCCCACCUCACCUCGGGUGGUCCGCAAGACCCAGUCCCUCAACAAGCUGAGCCCCACGGGAGGGGGCUUCAGUUUCAUGCAGAACAAUCACCUGAGCCCUGGGGUGUCUCCACGCUCCAGCCCCUGGUCCAGCCCUCGCGUCAGCCCACGUGCCAGCCCUUGCCCUCAACGCAAAACUCUCCAAGUCCAAAAGUCUCCCCUAGCCAAUGAAGGCUGGCUGAGCCCAGAGCCUAGUCGCCGCUGGGCAGACUACUCCUCAGACAGCAGCGUGACGCCCUCAGGCAGCCCCUGGGUGCAGCGGCGACGCCACGUGGUCUCUAUGGAGAGUAGCCCAGUGGGCAGCCCGAUGCUGGGCCGUAAGAUCCAGAACGCAGACGGGUUGCCACCUGGAGUGGUGCGUUUGCCGCGUGGGCCUGAUGGUACCCGUGGUUUCCACAGUGCCUUGGUAGGAGGGCGGGGUAAGCCUGCAGCCACCAACACCUGAUCUAGGUGUUACACCCCGUACCUUGUACGCUUCAGUCACAGUCAACAUACAGUGCUGCAGAGAGAACUGAACCCCCAUGAAC